UGCCGUAGGAAGGUGUAACUGUAGCUGUAGUCGCUGCAUGUUUUGAAAGUAGCUUUUCUCUGCUUAGAGGUUAGAAGAUAACUUGUCAUUUUCACUAUAAUGGUGUGACAGGAGCUGUGUGGAGGCUGUCUCAGUGACGAGGAGAUGGACAGGCGUGGUAGUGCGGUGGAGCCGCAGAGCGGACUCCCCUCACCUAGUCCACGAGACCCUCUGCUCAGCCCUGAGUCACACAUGGAUGUUCAGGGGUAUAAGCGGGUGUGUUGGCGGGUGUGGUUGUGCCAUCUGGCUGCUGUGCUGUCCCUGGGUUUCCUCCUGGUUGUGUUUCACUGGUACCCAUGGCUUGCUGUCCUCGCCCGCUGCUGCUCCUGCCCUCUGACUUUGGCAGACAUUCUGCUGCUAAGAGACAGUGAUGGCAAGCAGCAUGUGGUGGAGGUCCUCACAGAGGAGAUGGAGGAGGGCAGUUUGGAGUUGCUGGGACAGCCAGAGGAAGCUGAAUGUAGAGACACAGUCGAGCUGUACAAGGAGGAGAAAACGCUGCUGCGCUACUACCUGUUUGAAGGGCUGCGGUAUGUCUGGCUGGACAGGAAGGGAGCUUUCUGUCGUGUUAGUGUCCUCAAUGAGGACUGGACUUGCAAAGACCUGCAUGGCUACCAAAAGGGCCUCAGUCCCUUGGAGCAGAGCUUGAGGAGAAGCAUGUAUGGUGACAACAUUAUCGACGUGCCUGUAAAGCCUUACACUAAGCUGCUGUUUGAGGAGAUCCUCAACCCGUUUUACGUGUUCCAAGUGUUCAGCAUCACUGUGUGGAUGAUCGAUGCUUAUUAUUAUUAUGCCUUAUGUAUAUUUAUUAUCUCUGUUAUCUCCAUCGGUAUCUCACUGUAUGAGACCCGCAAGCAAAGCAUCACUCUACACAACAUGGCCCGGUUGGUCACAAACGUCACAGUACGAAGAAACUCAGGAGAGGAGGAAUGUGUGAGUUCAGUGAACCUUGUCCCUGGCGACUGUGUGAUCAUCCCUCAGGAAGGUCUGCUGCUGCCCUGUGAUGCCGCCCUGCUGGCUGGGGAGUGUCUUGUUAAUGAGAGCAUGCUCACAGGUGAAAGUGUUCCAGUGCUAAAAACUCCACUGCCAGCGAGUGAGGGGAAGUACAGCUCAGACACUGAGCGCAGACACACCCUUUUCUGUGGUACCCAACUCAUUCAGGCCAAAGGGGGAAUGCCAGGAGGUGGCGGUGCUGUUGCUGUGGUCACAAACACUGGGUUUUUCACAGCCAAAGGAAGUCUGGUCAGCUCCAUUUUGUACCCUCCUCCAAUCAACUUCCGCUUUUACCAAGAUUCUCUCAAGUUCCUGCUCAUUCUGGGUUGUAUUGCUCUCAUUGGCGCCAUUUACAUUUUUGUGACCCUCAUCAGAACCGACGUGACCUGGCUGGAGCUGAUUAUUCGAAGCCUGGAUAUUAUAACUGUUGCAGUGCCUCCUGCAUUGCCAGCUGCCAUCACCACUGGGACUAUCUACGCCCAGCGACGGUUGAAGAGCCAGGGCAUCUUCUGCAUCAGUCCACGUCGCAUAAACAUCUGUGGCAAGCUGUCAGUCUUCUGCUUUGACAAGACAGGAACCUUGACUGAGGAGGGUCUGGAUGUGUGGGGAGUGAUGGAGGGGGGAACUGCUGGUUUCUCAGAGUUGGUCCCAGAGCCCAGACUCCUGCUGCCAGGACCCAUGCUCUCUGGCCUGGCCUGCUGUCACACUGUUACACUGCUGCAAGGAAAGCCCCUCGGAGACCCUUUGGAGCUCAAGAUGGUCGAGUCCACUGGUUGGACCCUCCAGGAACCAGAGGGAGAUGGGAAUGUGCUGAAUGCAGAGUUUGGAGGCCACAAAGUUUUGGCUGUUAUGAGACCUCCUACAGGAAUUUCCACAAGGGAGGCGGUGGCCAUUGUUCAGAGGUUUCCAUUCUCAUCAGCCCUCCAGAGGAUGAGUGUGGUGACAGUGGCUCAUGGGGGAAGCUCAGCUCUCGCUUUCAUGAAAGGAUCCCCAGAGAUGGUGGCUAGCCUCUGUCGAGUUGAAACAGUGCCAGCGCAGUUCUCCAGAAAAUUGCGUACCUUCUCCAGUGAAGGCCUCAGGGUUCUUGCAUUGGCCUAUAAACCGGUAGACGUGAACUCUGACUUGAGGACUAUUGAACGAGGGGAAGUGGAGAGAGACAUGCAGUUCCUUGGCUUGCUGAUGAUGAAGAACCUGGUAAAGCCUGAGAGUGCAAAAGUUAUUAACAUCCUGAAAUUGGCACACAUUCGCACCAUCAUGGUCACUGGGGACAAUGUUUUAACAGCAGUUAAUGUAGCAAAGACCUGUGGGAUGGUGGGAUCUGAUGAGAAGGUGAUAUUUGUCACUGCAACCCCCCACACUGCCCAGUCCACGGCCUCCCUGAGGUUCGGCCUGGAGGACGGAGGGACCACUGACACACAAAGCUCCACAGAGGUCAUCACUCGGGGUCUGUAUCAGGGUGGCUUUGGCUAUCACUUGGCUAUUAAUGGAAAGUCCUUUGCUGCCCUAUGUGAUUACUUCCCUGAGUAUCUUCCAAAGGUUUUAAUGCGAGCCACCAUUUUUGCACGCAUGGCGCCUGACCAGAAAACCCAGCUGGUGAAGGAGCUGCAGAAACUGAACUACCGAGUGGGCAUGUGUGGAGACGGGGCCAAUGACUGUGGGGCCCUGAGAGCUUCUGAUGCUGGAGUUUCACUGUCUGAAGCUGAGGCUUCCGUUGCCUCACCUUUCACUUCCAAGACUGAAAACAUCAGCUGUGUGCCGCUGCUUAUCAGAGAGGGCCGGUGUUCUCUGGUCACCUCCUUCAGUCUCUUUAGGUACAUGGCAAUGUACAGCCUCAUUCAGUACUGGUCUGUCCUCAUUCUCUGCACACUGAAGACCAGCAUGGCUGACCUGCAGUACCUAUUUUGUGACUUGAUACUGGUGACAGCGCUGGCCCUCGUGAUGGGAAAAGGGGGCCCUAGUGAGGAGCUGCACCCCUGCAGACCUCCAGCCACUCUGCUGGCCCUGCCUGUCCUAGGCAGCCUCUUCAUCCACACCUGCAUGACCGUUCUUGGCCAGCUGGCUGCACUCUUUAUCACAACCUCACAGGACUGGUAUGUUCCACUCAAUUCAACAGUGUUUGGAGCAGACAAUCUGCCCAACAUGGAGGACGCCAGUGUGUUUGACUUGUCAGGUUUCCAGUACAUCAUCAUGGCUGUGGUGGUCACCAAGGGCUACCCCCACAAGAAACCUCUCUACCACAAUUUUGUUUUUCUCUUCGUGCUCUUCAUCUACUUUGCCCUGAUGACUUGGCUGGUGUUGUAUCCUGGACCUUUCUUUUGCCGAAUACUUCAACUGUACAACAUCACGGAUAUGGGUUUUAAAAUGCUGCUCGUUGGUGUAGCCGCUCUCAAUUUCCUCAUUUGUUUUAUUGCCGAGUUGCUGAUAGACUUGGGGGUUUUGAACUGCCUUCGAUUGCUGCGUGGACAGCGUCCAUCCAAGAAACUCUACAAACGCUUGAACGUCCGUCUGUCUGACUCUGCAUCAUGGCCGCCCCUUAAUCAAACUCUUUCCCCAACAUCCCACACAGUCUGCAUGAGCUAGCAUUCACCUGAGCCCAACAAUGCUGUGGAUGUACUACAAAGUGAGGUUGGUGGGUUAGCGACAUAUGCAGAGCUUAGAGUCAAGAGUUUUCAAUGUCGCCACGGUGGCUCUUUUUGAACCUGAUAGCUCACGAUGACCACUGAUGAGGAAGCUGCAUGGCUAACCUGCUCUGGAGGAGGUUUAAGUUCAGAGUUUGGGAUAUAAAUUGGCUUUAAGAAAGUGUGUGCAUUGCUACCUGUUCCUCUUGACUUCAGAAUGCCAUCAGCCCAUCCCUCUUAUGAGAGCCUGCAGCAGAAACCAUGGAUUAACAAAGAAAGAUAACCACUAUAAUGACACGUUACUUCUUAUUGGGGGUUUAGAUUUUGUUGAAGCAGUAAACUUGAAGCCUAGCUCUGACAAACUUGCUUCAUAGUACAUCCCUACAAGUUACAUCUUCAACUUGACUAGCAAUGCAAUGUUUACUUAAUGUAAUAAAAAAUAUUUUUAUGUAAA